UCACGCGUAUCGUACGCCUCCAUCUGACAGAGCGAUCCCUGGCGUAUUUACUAUUCUCUUUAUUACAUCUCUCAGUUAUCUCUGUAGAAACUAAAUUUGGAACUGAAACCACGUUGUAGAAACGAAAAUUCCAGAUUUGUUAAGCAUAGAGUUGCGUAGUAUUCUAUUUGCGGAAUAUUUUGAAUUUAUUCGGAGACUAAUUUGUAAGUAAAUUAAAGUUGUUAUCGAAAUCCUGUAAACUAUAAUAAAAUAACUCUUUGUAGCUUGAGCUUGAAACAACCAAAAAAGCGUUUUCUUGCUUUGAGAGCUUCGAUUGAAUUCCGACGAAUAGAAACUCAAGAAAUUACCGACGAGAGGUAAUCGUUCAUAAUGGAUAAACGGCAAACUCGGUCGCAGACGAAGAUCACCAGAGAAGCAUUGGAGUCUAACCUCAAUCUCGGUGAACAAGCAGCUUCAACCACGGAUACCUUUCAAGCGAGCAUUAUUGAACCGCAUCGCGGACAUGAAAGGGAUUGCAUCAGCUGUAACCGACGUAACGACGCCGAGAAGUACAUGGUGGAAUGCGUUCAAUGCAAACGUUGGGAACAUUUCUCGUGCGCGGGUGUUUCUGUCGAAACGGUUCGUGAUAUCGUUCAUCGUUGUGUAUUGUGUGUGCCUCGCAUACCAGCACAACCUCCUAGUUCCGUUACGGAUAAAUCUACUACAGGUAGCUCACGUCGAGCUCGUUUAGCCCGUGAUCUAGAACGUCUGGAGGAAGAGCGAAAAUUGGCGGCUGAAACCGCCAAAGCUAAUUUGGAAAGGGAAACGGCUUUCCUAGAUAAGAAAUAUGAGCUAUUAAAACUGCAAGACGAAGACGAAGAAAAACGUAGUGUUUGUAGUCGUCACAGUGGUAAAUCGAUCGAUAAUCGGACAGCCGAUUGGGUCCGAAUCCAAGCGGAAUCAGCAGGAGCGACUGCUAGAAACCAGGAAGCAGGUCAGCCGUCUAUAGUAUCUGUCGUGGAAUUUAACCAGCAGCAAAGCCCCGGAUUAAUUGGUGAACUCGAUGCAGCACAUACGUCGACUCCCUUGCCUAGACAAAUACCAACAACUCAGUCUACUAAUCGUGGUGUAAAUCCGGUAUCAAUAUCUCCGUUGGGUAUAGCAGAUUCGGAACUAGAUCGCCCUUCCAUUCAGCGAACUACAGGCAGUAUUUCGAUCAACCAUAAAGACGACAGUGAAUCGAUAGAAACCACAAAUACUUCGUUCAAUGUCCCCGCUCAAAGUUCUAAAGUGGACAUUCAAUCUAUGGUUGCCAUGCUGGCCGAAGCCGAACGAAUCACGAGACAAACAGGAACUGUACCUAAACCAUUGGGAAAACCUUCUCUUAAUCCUUGGAAAGCUGACGUGGAACAUCAACGUGAAUUAAGGCAACUCCAAGAACAACAUGCCAAGGAAAAUGACGUGAGGCGUAAACGGGAGAUCGAACUUACCAACCAGUUGAAGCGUUUGGAAAAUCAGCGUCUGGCUGACGUUCGCCACAUGAAACAGGUCGAGGACCAGUUACAUCGACAGUUGCAGUUAUUAGAGCAGGAAAAGAUUGAACAGAGUCUACGAGCAGCAGCAAAACUGGAGGAACGAGAAAGGGAGCUGAAAUUUCUACGCCUAUCCGAACAGCGUCGCGUUGCUCAAACCGUGGAACCCAUCAAACCUACUUUCGAGUUUUCCAACGACGAUGAUGAACGUGUGCAGUACGCCAGUAGUUCUGGUGUAGAGCUCAACUGCGACAUAGUAGGAAAUUCUCGUAUAGAUGUAGGUAACCUCUGCCCUCCCCCGCUUAACAUGCCAUCGGUAAGUAACACAUUCGUAGUCACUCCCCCUGUGCAAACUAUAAACAAAAUGCCCAAUUUGAAUUAUGCUUACUGUCCAAGUACGCCAGCCGGUGGUCGAACAUUAUGCCCUAGCCCAACUGUUUUACCUAUAUUCUCCGGCCCAACAGUUGACCCGAGACGGUCGCAUGCGUUUCCCAAUGCUUCCGUUCCAGUAGACACAACAUCGAAUGCUUAUUUUCAUCACUCCGCUUCACGCACUACAGCGCAACAGUUAUCUGCUCGACAUUUAUCCAAGGAAUUGCCUAUAUUUUCGGGUGAUCCUCUAGAUUGGCCUCUCUUCAUAAGCACUUAUGAGCACUCUACUGAACUUUGUGGGUAUUCAGAUUCGGAGAACCUACUUCGCCUGCAGCAUAGCUUGAAAGGUGAAGCUAAGAAUUCCGUUAGUAGUUUCUUGAUGCAUCCCUCCACUGUACCUCAGCUCAUCGAAACCUUACGCACUGUGUACGGCCGUCCGGAACAAAUAAUAUAUCAGAUGUUGAAUAAGGUUAGAGCAACGCCUGCACCGAAAGACGAUCGUAUGGAUACUUUAGUAAGCUUCGGUUUGGUCGUGCAAAACAUGUGCAGCCACAUGACUGCUGUUGGUUUAGAUCGUCAUCUUUCGAACCCAAUGUUGCUACAAGAGUUAGUCGAUAAACUCCCUCCAAACGUUCUUCUCAAAUGGGCACUUUAUCAACGGGAAGUGCCGUACGUAGAUCUUGGUGUGUUUGGUGAAUUUAUGAAGAUAAUCACAUCUGCAGUAAGUGGCGUACUAGUAUCCAAAGCUCCAGUGUCCAAAGAGCGCCAGCGCACAAAAGAGAAAGCUUUCGUAAACACACACUCCUCCGUACCUGACAACGUUUCGGCCACCCCAUCCGAGUAUGAAGAAGCGCACUCAUCAUCACGCGUAUUUGAGAGGUCUGAUGCAAGCAAAUCGUGUGUAUCCUGUGGGGCCAACAAUCAUCAUAUUGUAAGCUGUAAUGUCUUCAAGAAUCUUGAUAUCAACGAUCGCUGGAACCUUGUGAAAGGGCGCAAACUAUGUCGACUGUGCCUUUCCUCACAUCGAAGAUGGCCAUGCAAGGGUCCUGCCUGCGGAGUUAACAAUUGUUCGAAAAGGCAUCAUCGUCUUCUCCACUUUGAAGCGUCGUACUCUAAUGGUUCUCACAGUGAUCAUUCCAAUCCGAACAUAGCUCCUACUGAAAAUGCUACCGUCACUGUUCAUCGUGAAAUAACGUCUUCUACACUCUUCAGAAUGCUUCCGGUUACACUAUAUGGCAAACUGGGUUCAGUAGAUACCUUCGCAUUUUUAGACGAUGGUUCGUCUGUUACGUUGGUAGAGGAAUCUUUGGCCAACGCACUUGGCGCCGAUGGUUCCACAACUUCGCUAUGUGUCCAGUGGACAGAAGGAAUAAACAAAAACAUACAUGGGACCAGAAUCGUAAGCUUAGAGAUUUCUGAACGUGGGUCUCUCAAACGACACAAGCUAUCAGCCGCCUAUACUUUGGAUCGUCUGGGCUUGCCGGAGCAAACGAUCAAAUUUGAUGAAUUAGUUGAACAGUUUAAGCAUCUCGAGGGUCUUCCAGUUCAAAGUUUCAAGUCUGCUGUGCCGGGAUUGUUGAUUGGUCUAAACAAUAUUCAUUUGCUGGCGUCGUUGAAGGUUAGAGAAGGAAGAACUGGAGAUCCAAUAGCCACUAAAACCCGUAUUGGAUGGGCAGUGUACGGUAGCCUACCAAAUUCAUCACUGGUUGAAUCACAUCGCCAAAUGCAUAUUUGUGCGAAACAAGUCGACACAGACUUACAUGAAUUUGUAAAACGUUUUUUUUCGGUGGAUAGCUUAGGAAUAGCUGCGGCCCCGGAAGUUGAAAUACCUGACGAGAAACGUGCCAAGCAUAUUCUCAAGACUACAACAAAGAAAAGAUCAGACGGACAUUAUGAAGUAGCUUUACUUUGGAAGUACGAUUACAUCGAGUUGCCAGAUUCACGACCAAUGGCAGAAAAAAGAUUGAAAUGUUUAGAGCGCCGUCUUCAAAGAAAUACUGAUCUUUAUGCAAAUGUUUGCCAACAAAUAAACAACUAUCAGCUAAAAGGCUACGCACAUAUCGCCACUGAAGAAGAGCAGAAACGUUUCGAUAUUCGGAGAACCUGGUAUCUCCCCCUAGGCGUUGUGUUGAAUCCCAAGAAGCCAGGAAAAGUCCGCUUAAUAUGGGACGCAGCCGCUAAAGUGGAUGGGAUAUCCCUAAACACCAUGCUCUUAACGGGUCCCGAUCUUCUGAGCUCCCUGUUGGGUAUACUUUUCCGCUACCGUGAACGAGAGGUUGCUAUUUCGGGCGAUAUACGCGAGAUGUUCCACCAGAUGGUGGUCCGGGAAGAGGAUCGCAGCGCUCAACUUUUCUUAUGGAGAAAUAACCCUAAGGAACCGAUAAAAACGAUGGUGAUGGACGUAGCAAUAUUCGGGGCAACUUGCUCACCUACUCAUUCGCAAUACGUGAAAAAUCUUAACGCUGCUGAGCAUUCAACGCAAUAUCCCCGUGCGGCUGAGGCCAUAAUAGAUUCACAUUACAUGGACGAUUAUCUCCAAAGUGUCCAUACCGUUGAAGAAGCUGUCCAAUUAGCGUCAGAAGUAACGGAAGUUCAUUCAAAAGCUGGUUUCGACAUAGUAAACUGGAUGUCCAGUAAUCCAAAAGUCUUAGCUGAAAUUGGAGCCAUUAAUCCUUCGGCGGUUAAAAAUCUUCGUUUUGAUAAAGAAUCGACAGGAGAACGACUCUUAGGCAUGGUGUGGAAACCUGAAAGCGAUGUUUUCAAGUUCGCUCUCAAUUUUCGUGACGACGUGACAAAACUAGUAGACGACGGUUAUAUUCCCACAAAAAGACAAAUUUUAAGCGUUGUCAUGAGUAUAUACGAUCCCCUUGGACUGGUUGCAACCUUUGUGAUACACGGUAAGAUCCUGAUUCAGGAUGUGUGGCGAACAAAAACUGGUUGGGACGAGAAGGUGCCUACAAAUAUUCAAGAUCAAUGGCGAUUGUGGUUGGCUGUUCUUAGUAAAUUAGAGGGAGUUCAGAUUAAUAGAUGUUAUUUUCCUGGCUACACCAUCACUAGUUUGGACAAUAUUCAGCUCCACAUUUUCGUAGAUGCCAGUGAAAAAGCUUACGCGGCCGUGGCUUACUUCAGAAUUGUAGAUCGAGGAACAAUCCGUUGCACUUUAGUGUCAUCCAAAACAAAAGUGGCACCAUUGGAACUUCACUCUAUGCCCCGUAUGGAGUUGUUGGCUGCCGUCAUUGGGGCACGUUUGAAGAAAACUAUCAUUCAAGAACAUUCUCUGCACAUAGCCAAAACAUUCAUGUGGAGCGACUCAUCAACCGUACUCUCCUGGAUCAGAUCCGAUGUCCGACGAUAUCGACAAUAUGUGGCCUUUCGAGUGAAUGAAAUCUUGAAUUUGACGACUAUCGACGAAUGGAACUGGGUUCCAACUCGCUUGAAUGUAGCAGACGAAGCAACUAAGUUGUAA